AUGUCCUCAUCACCAAACGAGUCAAAGGCUCUGUGUGACUACCUCGGAAUAGAGGAAGAGGUGGACUAUGGUAGCGAUACCAGUGUCCGCGGUGACACAGGGACAACGUCCGGCUCACUGAUGCCUGAGGCACAACUUUCGAACACCCCAAAUCCGUUCGCUGAACGUGGAGGUGCGAGCGCGCCGCCAGCGCAGCAUGCAGCAUCUGGUUCUGAUGAGACUAUCAUCACGAACCCGCUCGAUGAGCAACAAAAACUGCUUGUUCAAAGAGAAGAAAACGCUCAGCGUUAUGCACAGAUGACUGCAACCCUUGAACGCCAGCGUGAUUAUGUUUUCACCCCACCCAGUGUGGAGGAACGUCUGCGUCAAGCGGCCGGCCAAACAUUGGCAACGUGGGUCAUUGGCCAUGGGCCUAAGACUCCUGAGGAGGUGGUGAGCUACCAGGCACUUCGUGAGAUGUACCUGGAGCCGCACCUAACGACUCAAAGUCAAUACAAGGCACGCCUUGACAUGCAAGCACGUGGUGCACCAGUUCCACCGAUAAAGGGUAUACCCAUUCUCCUGCUCGCAGGCGAAACAGCGAGUGAAGAAGACGAUGCCUUUGUUCACUGGGUGCACUAUGUGCGUCGCCUCAGCAACAUUUUUGCUCUUAGGGCUAGUGCCCAUGCGGCGGAUGUGCGUCUCGAACGCAAGCUUCGGUAUGAUUAUGCCAAGCUUAAGGCCAGAGGCCAAUUGCGCAAGCGCACGCGCUAUGCUUCGGCUACUAAGGUAGCCGCGAGUGCUGGUCAGUCUGUGACCAACAACCCGCCAACCCGCACCACUAGUGGUGUUGAACGGCCUCGGCCUCGAGAUGACCAUCGCCACGAUGCUCAAAGCCUCCAAAGCAUAUGGGCAGUCUUGCCGAAGGGGUACCUCAAAUUCCCAUGA